GCAGAUCUGUUUAACUUGCGAUUUCUUGCAGUGGAGUUUGCGGUUUCUAUCUACUGAAAUAGUGCUUAAGCGGUAUUCUUUGACCGCCGUUUGUACAAACAGACUGAUGUAGUUCUAAUUAUCUGCAAGCAACUGGGCAUGGACGUUCCAAACAGACAGGGAAGCAAUACCUGUUAUUGAGGGUAGAAUACAAUAGAACACUCUCGAACAAUAGGAUUAUAGGACUGUUUGUCAUUUAACAAUUCUAACCCAUUAUAAUUUAUUUAAGGGCGUAAUCUGGAGUGGAGUCAUGAAUUUUAGGUAUUAUUUUGAAGUCAUUGUAAAAAAGAGAAACAAUGGAAAACUGUCGAAGAUUUAAAUGGCCACACCGUACAAUCAGGCGAACAACAAAAUUAUCGAAAUGGCGAGAUGAAGCAAGUCCAACUUUUCGGAAAUGAUUCGAGGGCGAAAGAAGAUGAAGACUAAAAGUUGAGAAAAGCAAAGUAUUUAGUAACAAGAGCAUCGCAUGGCGUCUCUCAACGAUAGCUUGGACGUCAAUCUAUCUACUUUUAUGAACGACGUGUUGGGCAACUUGACCGUUUCGAAUUUGACGUCGACGGCCGCCGCUCCUUAUACAACAUUACAAGCAAUAAUAAUAUCGAUAGUCUUGCUCUGUGUGAUAAUCGGAACUGUGAUCGGGAACGUUUUGGUUUGUGUGGCCGUCUGUCUGGUCCGCAAACUGAGACGGCCCUGUAAUUAUCUAUUAGUUUCUUUAGCGUUAAGUGAUCUGUGCGUCGCCAUCCUAGUGAUGCCGACGGCUCUUUUGUACGAAGUUCUAGGUGCUUGGACCUUCGGGGAUGUAUUUUGUGACGUUUGGGUGUCCUUUGACGUGCUCAGCUGUACGGCGAGCAUUCUGAACUUGUGCAUGAUAAGUGUUGAUAGAUAUUACGCCAUAACGAAACCCCUGGAGUACGGGGUGAAGAGGACGCCGAGGCGGAUGAUGCUCUGCGUCGGACUGGUCUGGGGCGGAGCGGCCUGCAUCUCACUGCCGCCCCUUCUUAUACUAGGAAACGAACACAUCAACGAGAAAGGCGAACCUUUAUGCGUGGUGUGCCAAAAUUUUGGGUACCAGAUCUACGCGACUCUGGGUUCCUUCUACAUCCCUCUGACUGUGAUGAUAGUGGUCUACCACCAGAUAUUCAGGGCAGCCAGGAGGAUAGUCCUGGACGAGAAAAGGGCCCAGACAAGACUGGAAGGGGUUAUUAGAAACGGAGGUACUGAAGGGCGACAGUCGACGGCCAGUGCCACGAUAUGUUUGCCGUACACCACUGAUAAACCGAUAUCGGAAGUGGCUCCGAUGGGUUCACCUCAUCAAAAAAAGCUUAGAUUUCAAUUGGCGACCGAAAGAAAGGCGUCGACCACGCUCGGAAUAAUUAUGAGCGCGUUCACCGUGUGCUGGUUACCGUUUUUCAUCCUGGCCCUCGUCCGCCCUUUCCUGAACGAUCAGAACCUGAUCCCUCCGACACUGUCGAGCCUGUUCUUAUGGCUGGGAUACGCCAACAGUCUAUUCAACCCAAUCAUCUACGCGACCCUGAAUAAAGAUUUCAGAAAGCCGUUUCAAGAAAUUCUUUACUUCAGGUGCAGCAGUUUGAAUUUAAUGAUGCGAGAAGACUUCUAUCACAGCCAAUACGGCGAACCCUGCUCGCAAAGGGUCGUCGUAGGGGCAGAAGGAGGCGCCAGGGAAUCGUUCCUAUGAUCGAUCGAAAUUAUUACGAUUAUUUUAUUCCUGUGUAAGUCAGUCAUAUCGAUCAACAAAGCGAUCAAAGAUAAUUUGAUAUAGAAAUGUAGUCUUUAAAAACUGUGGUCGAUGAUAUACGAAUUAAAUGAAUUAAAAGUGUUGCGUUCUAUAGUGGAUAAUUAAG